AUGGCCAACUCCGACUUUUUGAAUAAAGCGAUCGAGAUCGUGCAAAAGGCGAUCGACGAAGAUGUCAAGCAAAACUACCAAGAAGCGUACAAGCUGUACCAAAACAGCUUGGACUACUUCAUGAUGGCAAUGAAGUACGAGAAGAACGACAAGCUCAAAGACCUCAUCCGCAAAAAAUUCACAGAGUACCUCGACCGCGCCGAAAAGCUCAAGGAACACUUGGCCAAGAGCUCCGAGGACCGCAAUCGAGCUGCAGUAGGUGCCAAUGGCGCCGAAAAGGGCGUCGGCGGCAGCACCGGCGGCAAGAAGGACGGCGACGACGACGACGUCGAUCCCGAGACCAAGAAGCUUCGCGCCGGCCUCUCGAGCGCCGUGCUCUCCGAGACACCCAACGUGCGAUGGGACGACGUCGCCGGUCUUCACACCGCCAAGGAGGCGCUCAAGGAGGCCGUCAUCCUGCCCAUCAAGUUCCCACAGAUGUUCACCGGCAAGAGGACGCCGUGGCGCGGCAUCCUCAUGUACGGCCCGCCAGGCACGGGCAAGUCGUUCCUCGCCAAAGCGGUGGCCACCGAGGCCAAGUCGACGUUCUUCAGCGUGUCGAGUUCGGACUUGGUGAGCAAGUGGAUGGGAGAAUCGGAGCGACUCGUCAAGCAGCUCUUCCAGAUGGCACGCGAGGCCAAGCCCUCGAUCAUCUUUAUCGACGAGGUCGACUCGCUCUGCGGCACAAGAGGCGAGGGCGAGUCGGAGGCAUCCAGGAGGAUCAAGACCGAGUUCCUCGUGCAGAUGAACGGCGUCGGCAACGACGAGACGGGCGUGCUCGUGCUCGGCGCCACCAACAUCCCCUGGGCGCUCGACCUGGCCAUCAAGCGAAGAUUCGAGAAGCGCAUCUACAUCCCACUGCCCGACCUCGAGGCGAGGAAGCGCAUGUUUGAGCUCAACGUCGGCGAGACGCCCUGCGCCCUCGACAGCAAGGACUACCGCAAGCUCGCCGCGCAGACCGAGGGCUACUCGGGCUCGGACAUCAGCGUGCUCGUGCGCGAUGCGCUCAUGCAGCCCGUGCGCAAGGUGACGGGGGCGACGCACUUUAAAAAGGUGCUGGCGCCUGCCAAGCGCAAGGCGAAGCAGGACAAGGCCAAGAACGGCAGUGCCGAUACGGGAGCGCACGGCGAUGCGGCGCAGCAGGACGGAGACGCGGCGGCGGCGGCAGCAGCGGCGGACGAAGAGGUGGAAGAGAUGAAGGAGUUCCUCACCCCCUGCUCGCCCGGCGAUCCGGACGCCGUCGAGAUGACCUGGGACGACAUCGAGGGCGAGCAGCUCUUGGAACCCAAGCUCGUCAUGAACGACUUCCUGCGCGCCAUCCAGGCUGUGCGACCGACAGUCACAAAGGCCGACAUCGAGAAGCACAUCGAAUUCACAAACGAGGCUGGUCUGGAAUAG